CAGCAAAACUUUAUUUUUACAUGCAUGCACUCAGUGCCAUUUUGCUUUCAGACAGACAAUCAAACAGCUUAACGUUGGGUCAAAGAAGGAGAAAAGAAGAACAAAGUGCACCAUGUUAGGUGAAGGUUUUCUCAGAGCUCUGCAUUUCAGAGAGGAGAGAAAGUUCGACUCAGCCCCCAAGGUGAAGAGAUCCCAGACACAAAACCAUUUAACGGAUCCAUCGAGCUGCACCCUCUCAGAGUCAAGCUUGACAGACCAGCAGGCUGAGUCGACUGAAGCAGGUCUUAACCAGGAGCAACCAGAUUUUAACCAAUUCCAGAGUCUAAAAGUGAUACCUCAAGGUCUUUUAGGCCUCUCAAUCCCUGGCUCUUCACCUUUCCCUGCGCCAAACCCUGACUUCAUAGUUUGCUUAGAUGAUUGUAGCCUCCUUGAACAAUAUCCGGACCUGCAGGUGGCUGACUCGGGCCGCAUCUCAAACAGCCAACUGAGAGCCGUCAUCACCCAAGAUUAUGUGUCUGAUGUCUCAAAUCAGCCAGAAUGGGCAGCCAAACAGGAGGCCCAAGGGCCUGUGACAUCCAUACCAGACCAGGGUUAUCUGGUUAUGGGGGACAGUGUGAACAUCAGCUUGGAUCUGUCGGGAUCCGCAUUGGAGCCCAUGUCUAACUCAGUGCUGAAUGGAUUGCUGGACAAACAGCUGGAGGAGGUGUACAUGCAGCAUUUGACUGACAACUUGGCUCGAUGUAACUCCCACCUUGGGAACAGCCUCCUACACGGCCUGGUGCCUCCGCCGCAGCCCAGCAGCCAGCGGCAGGGGCCUGACUCACUGGAGGUCACUCUGGAAAGAGGAUCUGGUAGAGACAGCGACAGGAAAAUCAGUUAUCUGAGCACCCAGAACUUAAUGCCCUGCUCGUCCAACUUCAGCUCCCCUGUGCUGAGGAUUUCAGAGCCUGACAAUACUUAUCUGCAGUAAGUGCAGUCGUGCAAACAUCCUUAAAGAAUCGUUAGAGUGAUUUUUUUAAUGCUUCUUUUUCUUUCAUUUCAAAUAUACCAACAUUAAGACAUGUUGUCGUAAACAAUUCAGUGAUCCAGUGCAUGCCUAUAUUUAUGAUUUCAUAAUGCCUUUCUUACUCUGAUUAAAAUGUGCCUUAUAUUUACCUGCUCAUAUCUGCCACCUGCUGUAAGAUUGUGGUACUACAACAACCUAAAUAGAACUGACAUACAUCAGAACAUUUUAUAAUAACAUUAUAAGUGGGAGAGUGCAAGCUAUGUAUUACACUGAAGCAAACUGUGAUUCAAUGUAAGCUGUGACUGCAUAUUGAAGCUGCCUUGUAAGAAACAUGAAAAAGAAUCCACCUGUUUUUCAUCAAGUAAAAUAAAGAAGUUUCCAAAGUGUA